AAUGUCACUGUUUCAAUCAGACCAGGCUGCAUUUUAGCAAAAAUGAGACUGAGCUGCGACUGUAAAUCCAAGAGAAGUUUCCAGUAAAUCUUCAUCCAGUUUUUAAGGAUUGUCACUGCUUUAAACAAGAGAAACAUCAGUGACAGAAGAUGGCAGCCAUCAAAGAGCUUCUUCUGAGGUUUAUGGAUGAACUGGAAACAGAAAAACUGAACAGGUUUAAAUGGCACUUAAAGAAUAAUAAAUCAGUUUCAGCUGCUGCUAUUGAGAAUGCAAAUGCAACUGGUAUGGUGGACAUAAUGGUGGCACGAUUUACACCAGAACAAGCUGUGAAGGUCAUGUUGGAAAUCUUGAGGAAGAUGAAUGAGAACCAUCUAGCUGAACAGUUAGAGAACGAAUACAUAGACGUGGGAAAUGCAGUUGACCAAAUGACCAGAGAUGCUCACACCGUUGAUCUGAAUUUUCUGUCGGGUAUACCUGUAAAUGCUCCUGUACUCACUAGAAACAACAUCUCAAAUCCAGUGACUCUAAACUUCAGCUCAAGCUCCGGUGCUGUCGGUCUACAGCAAUAUUACUGCAGAACUCAGAAGAAAGUAGAUCCAAUUGUGAAGUUUCCCUCUGCUGGACUGAAAAGUCAGAGAACAAACAGCCGAGGUUUGGAGAUUACUCAGUAUGCCUGCUGUCUCACACUGGAUCCUAACACGGCCCAUCCGAACCUCUUUCUGUCUGAGAGGAACCGGAAGGCGACGCACGUGAGCGAGAAGCAGCCGUAUCCGGAUCAUCCGGAGAGAUUCGACUGGCAGCCGCAGGUUCUGUGUCGAGAGAGUCUGACCGGACGCCAUUACUGGGAGGUUGAAUGGAGCACAAGGAUGUGGGUCGAAAUAGCAGUGACAUAUAAAGGAACGAGAUAUAAAGGAGCUGAUAAUGACUUCUUAUUCAGUCGUAACACACGCUCUUGGGUGCUGAAGUGCUCUCGUUACAGCUAUCUUGUCUAUCACAAUAAUCAUAUGAUUAAUAUACCAGCCUCUUCAUCAUCUACUAGAGUAGGAGUGUAUGUGGACGUGUCGUCCGGCUCUCUGUCCUUCUACAGUGUCUCUGACACACACACACUCACACACUUACACACAUUCAACACCACAUUCACUGAACCCCUCUAUGCUGGAUUUCUGCUUCAGUCAGGCUGUUCUGUCACUCUGUGUGAGAUCUGAUGUCCUUCACACAGUAGGAUGACAGAACAUGAUCAUUUGUUAAACUUUCAACAUCAUUUGGUCCUUUGUUAAAGAUUCACCCGAAAAUGAUUAUUCGUUCAAUUACUCACAUUGGACCUCAUUCGUUAAACUGGCGUAAAAUAUAUGAGUAAAUUCUGAGUAAUUUGCUUAUAAAACAGACCUUCCUGAAAACACUCCUCUGGAUUCAGAAACACUUCGUAAAUGUCCGAUUUGAUAGUUAAACGUGUAUGUUAAUGAAUUCCAAUAAUUUGUAAAUAGGGCGCACAUGCACUCUCGUUUGGAAUUUGUAUAAUCCCCGCCUAUGAAUUACAGCUAUGCAAAAUGCGUGUCCAGGAAUGCAGUGGAAUAUCUGGUCUACUGUCUCAGGUUUGACUAUAUGAGUAUAUUGCAUAAAUGCAAAAAAAAAAAAA